AUGGCUGCAACACAUUCAUCAACGUCAAGGAAACCAACACCAUUGACAUUAGAAAUAUCAUCAAAAGAACCAACACAAACCACUAUCACCACCGCAUCCAUCUUCACAAAAUUCGAAAAAACAACAAACACUACAACACAACCUCAAACAACAAUUAUAGCUGACUUCACAACGCAGACGUCAACAACCACGACAAGCACAACAAGCCACAGAGCACAACCAUCAACCCCAACAACACAAGACCCCAUAACACAAAAAUCAACCACAACCAUAAAUAACAUAUCAACUAUUACCUUACCCGAUCACACAACACAAACACAAGAAAACAUGACACCCAUGACACAAUCAGGAGGCACGACAACAAUCGACGACAAAGAAAAAACAAUUGCCAUGCCAUCUGCAACUAAUAAAAGCACAAAUCCAACAACCAUAACCACAAAUGACCACAAUACACAAACAUUUACGAAAAUUGCAAAUGCAUCUAGCAGUGCAACACAACCAGAAACCACGACCAUAUCUCGCCAUACGGCAAAAACAUCAGCUGCCGCGACAAAUACAACUGGGAUCACAACGCAAGCACCGAUUGAAAUUACACACAAUACAGAAAAUUCCACGGCAACAAAAAGCAACACAAAACAAGUAAUAACUACAGACACAUCUGGUCACAUCACGGGAACAUGGACUCCCACCAUAACCAGCAACACAAUACAACCAACAAUUAAUAACAUAUCUAGUCAAGCAAAUGAGAUCUUCACUCCAACAGCCACGCAGUCGAACAUCUCAUCACAACCCUCAACCACCGCCAUAUUUAACAACAUUUCACAAACUUCGACUACAAAAAACACAACAAACCAACCAAUAACCACAAAAAUACCUGAUCAAACAACUCAUAUUUCAACCUUAACAACAGCAACUUUCAACGAAACAAUACUGUCGAUAUCAUUAUUACCCACAACAUUGGGACAAGCAUCAACGGAACAAAAACUUACUUCUGAACAUGAAUCAAAACAGACAACAAAGGAAUAUCAUAAUAAAACCAUAGUUACGUCAGCAAUACAGAACUCCUCGGAUGAACACACAAUGGAUAUCUUAGAAAGUACCACGUCAAUAAGAAAUAAUACUUCUGGGCCAUCCUCCAUGCAAACCAAAACAACAGAGUCUUCAUCUAGUACAUCGAGUUCUGUAAAGCCUCUGACAACUAAUUCCAAUUCCAGAACAACGACUCUCAGUACUUCUAUCCCCAAAACAACCUUACAUCCAGAGAAAACCACGACGUUAACAAUUCCCAACACAACUCUUGUUCCGACGGAAAUACUUCUACUUGGGAUCAACAAUACCCUGAGUCUACAAUUUACGAUGCUAAUCACCAUAGACAGAAAUGAGUCGGAUUCAACAUUCAAGAAAGCUAUUUUUACCGAUAUGGUACAAUUGAAACAAUAUGUGUUUAUUGGAUACGAGGGCAGCUGUACUAUUCUUGUCAGCGAUCCUCCGAGGCAUACUCUAAGAUAUCGGAGGGAGGAGAAGACUAAUGCCUGGCCUGUCAGUCGUAGAGUCGGGGAUCUGGAUUCGAACUCAGUGACCAAGUAA